CGUCACGCAGAGACGCUGUGCGGGGGAGGGGGUACUGUCGUGACAUCAUCCUGUCCUCUGUCUUCCUCUCACCGAUCAUCAUCUUCUUCUUCAUCAUCAUCGUCAUCGCCAUCUUCGCCGUCUGCCACGCGCUGCUAUAUCCUCGCGCGCGUGUGUCCCGAUCAUCCUCAUAUCAUCUUCAUCAUGUCUGCCAACAAGCAGGAGGACCGCAAAGGCGCGAGCAACUGGCGGGAAUUCUUCUGGAACCCGCGAACUCACGAGGUGAUGGGUCGAACUGCGUCCAGCUGGGGUCUGAUCCUGCUCUUCUACCUGGUCUUCUACCUGUUCUUGGCUGGGAUGUUUGCUCUCACCAUGUACAUCAUGCUGCUGACGCUGGAUGACUACAAACCCACCUGGCAGGACCGCCUGACCACCCCAGGGAUGAUGAUUCGUCCCAAGGGGGAUCAACUGGAGAUCACUUUCUCCCCGUCAGACGUGCAAAGCUGGAAUGGCUUUGUGCAAAAUCUGGAUGGGUUUUUGUCUCCGUACAAUGACAGCCAGCAGGUUCAGAUGAACGACAACUGCCUUCCAGAUAAAUACUUCAUCCAAGAGGAUAGCGGAGAGGUGAAGAACAAUCCAAAGCGUUCCUGUCAGUUUAAUAGAACAAUGUUGGAGGAAUGUUCUGGGAAUACUGAUCGUUUGUAUGGUUACAGCCAAGGUCAGCCCUGUGUGCUCAUUAAGCUUAACCGGGUGAUCGGAAUGUUUCCAGGAAAGGAUGGACAAUCUCCCUUUGUCACCUGUGGAGCCAAAUUAUACAAAGUGGGGAAAGAUGAGUUGAUGGAGGACAGCGAUAAGAUCGGACCUCUGGCUUAUUUUCCUUCAAAUGGAUCCUUCAACCUCAUGUACUACCCUUAUUAUGGCAAAAAAGCUCAGGUGAACUACACUCAGCCGCUGGUCGCUGUCAAGUUCCUGAACGCCUCUCUCAACACUGACAUCAACGUCGAGUGUAAAGUCAACUCCAACACCCUCGCCGCUGGCAGCGAGAGGGACAAAUUUGCUGGCCGCGUGUCCUUCAAACUACGAAUCAACAAGUAGAGAAGCAACGUGACCAUGACGCCGAUCACGGCAACUCUGUUCGUCUCUGCAACUCAUCUUUGUCGCUGUUCUUCAUCUUUGAUUGUGCUUGUUUGAAAAAAAAAACAACUAAACAUUUUUUCUUUACAAGCUGACCAAUCAAAAUCCCUCACAGUUUAAUGCCACACACCCAGCAGCCAAUGCAAUCAAGCACUUAAUUUGUUGAUUUGUAUAUUUAUUCAUUCAUGUAUUUAUUGAUUGAUUCGAUGUAUCACACUGAGUCAAUCAUUGUAGACUGCACAGUCGUUGUUUACAUAUCCUGCAAGCUCAGCCAACUGUUGCAUUAUUUAGUACACAAAUCCAUGGUCUUGUGUUGGAUCAUAAAAAAAAGAAGACAUCUGGAUAUGUUUCAAUAUAAUGAUGGAAGCAGCUACAACCACUCAGGUGUCACAACAGUACUUUUUAUUGUGUUUCCUCUUGUUACAUGUAUUGUGUUGUUGUUGCAACAGUCUUUUCAUAAAAUAAUUGAGCAGUAUUGUAAUUACUUAAUUCAUGAAGAAUUGGCUCAGCCUGUUGAUUUGAGUGUUCUUGCUCAUGUGACACACACACACACACACACACACACACACACACACACACACACACACACACACACACACACACACACACACACACACACACACACACACACACACA